GCGAGGGGCUCCGAGCCCAGAAGCGGCCCCGCGGCCCCGCGGCCCGCCCGUCUGAGCGCGUCCGUCGCCGCCGCCGCGCGCGGGGUGGGAGGAGCUGAGCGCCCAGGGAGGCCACCGGUGGCUUCCACCUGCAGUGAAUGUGCGCUCGAGGAGGGGCGACCCGGGCGAAGCGAGGCGCUUGUGGGCCGGCGCGUCGCUCGACAGAAGGCGCCUCUCUCUCCUCGCCCGCCCGCCCUUGCGCGUCUUCCUCCCGCCGCCGCUCCGCGCCCCGUCGCCUUGCCCAGCCAUGGAUGCACCCGCAGCCGGGGACGCGGCGGGCAGCACCCCUCAGCCCGUCAUCGUGCAGCCUCCCGGCAUCGCUCCCUCGCCAGCCUACCCUGCCCGGGACGCGCAGCAAGGCGAGCCGCUGCGCAUCGGCGAGGAGGUGCAGUUCAGCGAGGAGCUGGAAGACAGAGGUUUACUAGAAAGCAGCACAAGAUUAAAACCGCACGAAGCUCAAAGCUACAGAAAGAAGGCACUGUGGGUCUCAUGGGCUUCCAUUAUUGUCACACUGGCUCUGGCAGUUGCUGCCUUCACUGUCUCUGUAAUGAGGUACAGUGCAUCAUCAUUUGGAUUUGCAUUUGAUGCCACUUUGGAUGUGCUGUCAUCAGUGAUAGUUCUCUGGCGCUACAGCAAUGCAGCAGCUGUACAUUCAGCACACAGAGAAUACAUAGCCUGUGUCAUCCUGGGUGUGAUAUUUCUUCUAUCCUCUCUCUGUAUUGUGAUUAAAGCCAUCCAUGAUCUUGCAAUUAAGCUGCUUCCAAAAGUGGAUGACUUCCUAUAUAGUGUUUCCAUUUUAAGUGGAAUCCUGUGCACCAUCCUGGCAGUGAUCAAAUUUAUGUUGGGGAAUGUGCUAACAAGCAGAGCAUUAUUAACUGAUGGUUUCAACUCUCUGGUAGGAGGAAUAAUGGGAUUCUCUAUCCUUCUAAGUGCAGAAGUUUUUAAGCACAAUGCUGCUGUUUGGUACCUGGAUGGGAGUAUAGGAGUUCUAAUUGGACUUACAAUAUUUACUUACGGAGCCAAGCUACUUAUGGACAUGGUUCCCCGUGUACGGCAAACACGUCAUUAUGAAAUGUUUGAGUAAGACAGCUCAGCUUCUAGGACUGAAUAAAUUUUGCAAAAUCUAAUAACAUUCUACAACUGGGCAAGUGGUGCCAAUUGUAUUUACAAGAUUGUACUUGUUUCACAUGGUCUGGUUUCUUUUUAAUUAUCUUUCAAGGGGAAGUCUGUCUGCAUACAUAGGCAAAUAUGUGCACUGCUUAGAUUUCAGCAACAGCAGCAACAGCAGCAUUUUUUCUUUCAUGUGUGCUAUUAAAAUCCUGGAAGCGACAAUAGAAAUGAACACACGUCUAAUCCACCUGCCAUGUUUUGCUUCUGGAGUGACCAGAGUUCUUAAAGACUCUUAACAGCUGCCUGUAGAAAAGGACAUUUUAAAAAGGUGGCUUUUAUCAUUGUGGCGUAUGUGAGAUGAAUUGUACCAGGGGCUUCUACAUGCAAGAGAUUACUCCAUCAGAGAGGGAUGGGAGAUGGCCUUAGGUUCAUUGUCACCAAUACCUCAGUCGCUCUCUUCUGUAUAGAACACAUCAGUGUAUCGUAUUUGGUUAUGGAUGCCAGGAGACAACACUUGAUGCAUGGAAUUGCCCUCACCCCUCAGCAAAUGAUAUCUUGAAUAAUCACCCCUUUCCUGUUCCCCAAAUUGCGCAGUUCUCACAGAUUCCAAGAAUGAGGUUCUGAUUUCAUACUAUUUUAUAAAAUUCUCUGAAAUGCACAUAUAUCAAGCAACACGUAUAGUAUAUUAAGCUGCACGGACAAAAUACGCACAAGAAGUUAAUAUACAGGCAAAAGCCAAAAAAAAAAAGUAAGAUUGAAAUUUGAUUAUAUGUCUUUGAUUGUAUUAUGCACUUAUGUAGCAGUAUGUAUGACUAAAUACAGGUAUCCUGUUGUCUGGUAAAAGUGAGAGUGAUAAUUUCACCAAAUAGAACUUUCUAGUUGUGAAGACGUAGGCUAUUCUAUAGGUAUUCAUGUUCCACACACCAUUUUAUGUAAUUGGGAUUUACAAAUUACAACACUUAUAAUGUAUAAUCAAUAAAAUUGUUGCCUAUUUUA